GCUGCUAGGAAACCCUGGGCGGACAUAUCUGUACUGAGUCGGAGAGCAGCAGCUAUGGCCAGCAAGAAGAAAGAUGUCUCACUUCAGGUUAUCAUAAGUAAUCAGGAGCAGUGGGAGGAGACUCUUUCUUCCAAAGGACUCCUAGUGGUGGACGUGUAUCAGGCCUGGUGUGGUCCUUGCAAGACAGCUGUCAGCUUAUUCCGAAAAAUUAAGAAUGAACUGGGUGAUGAUCUCUUGCAGUUUGCUGUGGCUGAAGCUGAUAGCAUUGAUGUACUUGAGAAAUACAGAGGCAAAUGCGAACCAACGUUUCUUUUCUUUGCUGGAGGGGAACUUGUUGCUGUGGUGAGAGGAGCCAAUGCUCCAUUACUACAGAAAACUAUUAUAGACCAACUUGAAGCAGAAAAGAAAGUUUUGAACCAAGGCCUAGAUCGCAAAGUGGUAAAAGAUGAGGCACUUCUAGAGGAAGAAGAUGAAACGUCUCCUAUCCCAUCACAAGCUGAGGAUGAUGAACUGUUUCCAUCAGGGAAGUCUUACACAGUGGCUAUUAUUAAACCUGAUGCUGUCGCUCACGGAAAGACAGAUGAAAUAAUAAUGAAGAUACAGGAGGCUGGGUUUGAGAUUUUGGCCAAUGAAGAGAAGACUAUGACCGAGUUGGAAGCCAGAGAUUUCUAUCAACACAGAGCAGGAGAGGUAUAUACUGACUCUAUGGUGCAAAAAUCCGUUAAAGGUCCUUGCUUAAUGAUGAUCCUUAGCAAAGAGAAUGCAGUGCAGGAGUGGAGAGAACUGAUGGGGCCCACAGACCCCACUAUAGCCCAAACAUCAGCCCCUGACUCUCUGAGGAGCUUGUUUGCCAAGAGCAUUCUACAAAAUGCAGUCCAUGGCUCCUCCAACAUUAAUCAUGCCACAGAAAAGAUAAAGUUCAUAUUUGGUGACAUUGAUCUGGAAGGAAAUAUCAGUGGUAAGUUCAGUUAA